UUAUAGUAAGCAGACAGGAGAUGAUGGAGGUACAGACUAGAUUAGCUGCAGAAUCAAUGAUAAGGUGUUUCUGGGUACUUAAGGGAAAGCUAACAAUUUACUGAUGGACUGAUGUAGCGUGUGAAAGGAGAAGUAAUUAAAGUCAAAGGCCAAAUUUAGGGUUUGAACUGGAAAACUGUAACAGAAAUGGUGAAGAGACGGGAAUAAAUUACAAGCCCUGCUUUGGACAGUCAAUUUCUAAGACAGCAACUAGCUUGAACAACCACUCAAGCCUAACUAUUCACCAAGAAAGAGGUGCUUAAACCACCUGGAACUAGAUAAUAAGAAGUCUGAGCAAUCCCAGGACUCAGGAGGCAGAAGCAGACGGAUCUCUGAGUUCGAGGCCAGCCUGGUCAAAAGAGGGAGUCCCAGGAUAGCCAGGGCUACACAGAGAAACCCUGUCUGGAAAAACAAAAACAAACAAAUCUGAAGAAAGGACAUCAGUUCUGUGAGGCGAUAAAACCAGUUUGACCAGGUCGGCUGUCCCAGAUUGGCAGUAAAUGCGGUCUAGCUGAGAUGUAUAUUAAAGGGAAAGCUGCAGGAUAAAGAGCAUUUGAAAACUGUGCCAUAGGACAGAGCAGGUUGCCUUUAAUCAACUUCAGAGAGCCAGCGUGAGCUUGGCUGUGUAGAAGCUGGAGAGCUGUUGUAGGGAAGAGGAGAGACUAAACUUCACAGGUCUCUGAAGGAACAGUCUGAGAUCUAACUAAGAUCCAUUUCCUUGCUCUGUUGCAGCGUCUUUUAGAAGGACUGCCAGGCACAAUGAAGGUUCUCUUACUAAAAGAUGCCAAGGAGGAUGACAGUGGCCAGGAUCCAUAUAUCCAGGAGCUGCAAUUGUGUGGCCUGGAAGCCACACUGAUUCCUGUUCUGUCGUUUGAGUUUAUGUCUCUCCCCAGUUUGUCAGAAAAGCUGUCUCAUCCUGAAGGCUUUGGAGGACUCAUUUUCACCAGCCCCAGGGCAGUGGAAGCAGUGAAGCUGUGUUUGGAGAAGGACAAUAAAACCGAAGCCUGGGAGAAGUCUCUGAAAGACAGAUGGAAUGCCAAGUCUGUGUACGUGGUUGGAAGUGCCACCGCUUCUCUAGUGAAUAAAAUUGGCCUGGAUGCAGAAGGAGCGGGCAGUGGAAAUGCAGAAAAGCUUGCUGAAUAUAUUUGUUCAAAGCCAUCUUCAGAACUGCCUCUUCUCUUUCCCUGUGGAACUAUCAAAGGAGAUACUCUUCCAAAAAUGCUCAAGGACAAAGGGAUCCCCAUGGAAAGCAUGCAUGUCUAUCAGACAGUUCCACACCCUGGAAUCCAAGGGAGCCUGGAGAGCUACUAUGAAAAUCAGGGUAUCCCAGCCAGCAUCACGUUCUUCAGUCCCUCCGGACUUAAGUACAGCCUCGAGUAUAUCCAGGCGUUAUCUGGCGGCAGCUUUGACCAGAUUAAGUUUGUAGCCAUCGGCCCCAGUACAACUCGUGCCAUGGCUGCCAAGGGCCUGCCUGUGAGCUGCACUGCAGAGAGCCCCACACCUCAAGCCCUGGCUGCAGGCAUCAGGAAAGUGCUGAAGCCAAACAACUGCUGCUGAAGUCUGCAGGGCCAGCUCCUUCCCUGUGCAUGGGACAGCUCACUGCCUCUAGGAUGGAACCCAGAUCCAGAGAGGAGACCUGGAGAAGCUGCCUGCAAGCAGGUCACUGUCCUCCAUGGAGUCCAGCUUGGAGCCUAGGUCAGGUUCACUGGCCAUUAGAUCACUGCCAUUCGACCCAGGGGGAGAGAGAACUUCCUGUGUCUAGAAAGAAGGAAAUGAAAUCGACCAUGUGGUGACUUGUGCUUGCUGCCCACUCUUUUACAAACUGUAUUUCUUUCAUGUUUACCGGUGUCUUGUCUGCAUGUACAUCUGUGUGCCAUGUGCAUAGCCAGUGCCUGGGGAAGCAAGGAAGGGUGGCAGCUCCCCUCGAACUGGAGUUAGAGACAGCUGUGAGCUGCCAUCCAGGUACUGGGAAUUGAACCCAGGUCCUCUGAAAGAAUAAGUGCUCUCAACCACUGAGCCAUAGCUCUAGCCCACUGUUAUCAUCUGUGGUUCUCGGUACAAAGUGGUGUUCUGGGACAACAGAACAUCAUAGUCUCUCUGAUGCUGACCUGGUAAGAAUGAUAAAUCGCUAUGUGUGAAGUAGAUUUAGUCAUCAUACAAUAAAUAAAUAAAUGAAUAA